AUGUUUGGAGCGUUCUACAGAGUUUGUCCUAAAAAACCAGAGCCGGAAUCAAAACCGAAACCGGAGGAUGAUGCCGAAGACGACCAGCUUACUCCCCAAACGCAUGAUUCGAAAGAAAAAGAAGCCGUUCCAGAAAAGGUGCUACCUCCAGGAGUCACCGAGCCGUCAGUCGCUCCUCCUCUCCCGGAAACCAAGGAUGAGCCUGUCCAUACUGAAGCUACGCAUUUCUAUUCGUGGUUAACUUCCUCGGACGCCAGAGCAAAGAGAGCCAGUGACGUUCUUUUCCGUCCGAAAUUGGCAUGA